UAUUUGUGCUUCAUUUUUUCCUAACUUUUUGCUUCAAAGUUGUACCAAAACCAAACUGUGAUUCCUAAUGGACUUAGAGAUGAGUACGGAAAGAGAUGGGAAUGUUCUCUACCAGCAGAAAGAAAGUGAUGAUCAGUUUGUUGACUGGAGAGGAAGGGAGGCAAAUCCCAAAAAGCAUGGAGGAAUUAGAGCUGCUGCCCUUACAUGUGUUGUUGGGGUGCUGAUCAACAUGGUUUUCUUAUCCAAUGCCAUCAACUUCGUUUCAUACUUCCGGUUGUCAAUGCAUUACUCGCCUGCUACAUCAGCAAACAUGGUGACCAAUUUCAUGGGAACCUCUUUUUUGCUCUCCAUCGUGGGAGGCUUUAUUUGUGAUUCGCUCUUCACAAGCUUCACAACCUUCAUCAUAUUCUGUGCAAUAAACUUAGUGGGAGUAAUCUUGCUGGCUAUCCAAGCUCAAUUCACACAUUUACGACCGGCUGUGGAUGUGAAGCCUUCUCUGUUUCAAGCAACCAUUCUAUACAUUGGCCUCUACGCAUUUGCAGCUGGUAUAGCUGGACUCAAUGUCGCCUUACCUGCACAUGGUGCUGAGCAGUUUGAUCACAACGAUGCCAGGCUCAUCUCUGCCUUCUUCAAUUGGUUUAACUUUGCCAUAUGCCUAGGGGGCCUAAUAAGCUCAACUGUUAUGGUUUGGGUGGAAGAUCAUAUUGGCUGGAAUUGGAGCUUUCUGAUAACAGUUACGGCCUUGAGUUUUUCGCUUGUCAUUUUCGUCACUGGGACUCCGUUUUAUAGGCACAAACGUCCCACUGCAGGGAACUCGUUAACACGAAUCAUCACGGUACUUGCUUGUGCAGCUCGAAACUGGAAAGCCUCAUCGAACGAAAGAAUGGGGAACCAGUAUGCAGUAUCCCCAAUCAAUCGGAACAGAGCGGAUGGACAAUCCUAUGACAAGCUUAAGUUUCUAGACAAAGCAUUAAUUGGUAACACAAUUAGUGUAGCACAUGUUGAGGAAACCAGAACUUUUCUUGGCCUUCUUCCCAUCUUUGCAAGCACAAUCAUGAUGAAUUGCUGCCUAGCCCAAGUUGAGACAUUCUCAGUGGUACAAGGGAGCAAAAUGAACAGAAAACUGCACAACUUCGAAAUCCCCACUCAGUCCUUAAACGUACCCCCUCUCUCCAUCAUGCUUGCUUCGAUUCCCUUAUGCGACGGUUCCAACACAAAAGUCACAUGCUCCACCCUUUGGAGGAUCGGACUGGGGAUAGCACUGGCGUCGGGGUCAAUGGCUGUAGCUGCCCUAGUCGAAGCUAAGAGGCGCGAGGCGGCUCACAAUGAUGUCACAUUGUCGGUGUUUUGGCUAGGGUGGCAAUUCUUAUUGUUAGGAGUUUGCGACGUGCUUACGCUUGGAGGAAUGCUCGAGUUCUUUUACUCAGAGGCGCCAAGUACCAUGAGGAGCAUGUGCGCUGCAUUGUCAUGGUGCUCAAUAUCUCUUGGGUACUUUUUAAGCUCAGUUCUUGUGUCCAUUGCAAAUUCAGUGAGUGGAAAAUUUGGUACACAGUGGCUUGGAGGAGACGAUUUGAAUCAUAUGCGUUUGGAUUUGUUUUACACACUUCUUGGCAUUCUUAAUACCGGCAACUUUCUUAAUUACAUGUAUUGGGCUAAGAGGUAUUGACUUGAGGGAUUGGAGAGUUUGUAGGUUGGUACUGUCUAAAAAAUAAGAAUGUCUGGAGUUCUAGACGUUGCCACUUUAUAAGGAAUUGGAGAAACUCUUUAUCUUGUCAUAUAAGACAUUAAGACUUUGUUUGAAUCCAAAAGGUUCAUUGUUUAUAAACAAGGGAGAAACUCAUAUGCUCUCAA